AUGAGGACGGCAAUUAUCUAUGAUUGUGAGUUCUUGACCGCCCAAGGGGCGCUGAAGAACAGUUGGUGGGGGCUGGAAGAUCCCGAUCCGUUGGUGGUCCAAAUCGGGGCCGUCAAGAUUGGCUUGGAUGACAAGGCGCUACCGAUUCAGGAUACAUGGCAAAGAUUCAUCAAGCCGGUGGACCGGCACAAUCAACAAGUUCCAUUGGAUCCCUACUUUGUGGACCUGACUGGAAUUACGCAGCAACAGGUCGAUGAACAAGGCGUGUCCCUGGAAGAUGCAUUGAAUGAGAUGGCUGGAUUUGUUGGUAAUGACAUGUGUUGGGCAUGGGGAAAGGACGAGUUUUAUGCAUGUGCCGUCAGUUGUUACGCUGUCGGCAUCACUCCUCCAAUUCCCAUGAACCAGUUUGAUAAUGCCAGAAAAAUUUUGGCAUUGGCAGGGAUGCCGCGGGAGGAUCUUGUCACCACCAACAGUGGAAAGCUAGCGUCGUACUUUGGAGUGGCAGAUCCAAUCAGAGAGCACAAUGCUAUCGAUGAUGCAAAAUCUAUUACACGUGCCUUGCAACAUUUAUCCCAGGAAAAUCGACUGAAUCCUGAUUGGUUGACAAAGCCUCUGACUUCCUUGAACUACCCAACUAAUUGA